AUGGGGUGCAAACUAGAAGAAUGUGGUAGUGCAAAUUUCGCUGAAACUCGCUACCCAUUCGGCUACUCAGUAGCUUCGAUCCAUAGCCCGCUUUAUAUACUUUUUGAGAUACGGUGGAUCCGUUGCGCAAGAAACGAGGUUUCGCACGCAGUCCGGGACCACCGUAUCGAGCAGAAGAAACACACAGACCACAGAUGUAGUCUCAUUGUAUUUUGCGCUAGCGGGGGAGAAGCGGGCCAAGAGCCAGUGGUGGGAAAAAAAAAAGAGACUAGGGAAGAGGGCCAGGAGAAACAACCGGCGAUCCCAUAUACAUCGCGAGGAUCAGGACGAGUACAGCGGGGUGGGGAGGAGGAGCCGAGUACUCGCAGAAGAAAGGCGACGAAAGAAAAGAAAAAAAAGAAAGGAGGCAGGACAGAAAAAAAGAAACGGCCUUUUUUUUCCUUUUUUUUUUAA